AUGGAUUACGAUAAUAGAUAUUUUGACGAUGAUUGCAUGUUUGGUGGAUGCUAUUUGCGGCCAUUUUCAAAAUUUUAUGACCGAAUACAUAUACCGUUAUCAGUAUCUAUUUGUGCAUUUGGCGCUGUGUCCAACAUUUUCAAUAUCAUUGUUUUAACCAGAAAAGCAAUGCGUACUCCUGUGAAUAUACUUCUUGCUGGAUUAUCAUUCUCUCAAUGGUUACUUGCAACAAAUUAUCUUGGUUUAUUAGCUGUUGAAUAUUACAGAAAUCAAUGCUGUAGACUGCCAUGGACUUAUCCAUUUGCACUGUAUCGUUUAAUAAAUGUCAACUGCAAUGUUAUAUUUCAUACAGUAGCAUUCGCUCAUACUUUACUGAUAGCUAUAUUCCGCUAUGGUGCUUUGAAAUGGCCUGUACAAGCAAGCAAUUAUUUAUAUAGACCAGAAUUGGCGCUUUUGGCAACGAUUUUGAUGUGGUUUAUUGUGCCUAUACUGUGCAUUCCAAUUUUUUUUACAUCACAGGUUGGUGAACUGGAAAUUGAUUAUUUAAAUUGUUCACUAAAGCGCAUGUAUGAUUUAAACUAUUCACAAAAUUCAACGCUCGUUAAAUUUGUAUUUUGGAUGUUUGGAAUUGUGCUAAAACUUAUUCCAUCUUUUCUUCUUACGUUAUUUGUCGUUGCUUUAAUCAGGUCAUUGCAUACUGUUGAAAGAAAGCAUCGUUUUCUGACCUGUAAUAAACUCUUGAAAUCAGGGAAGAAUAAUGAAUCUUUGACAUCAUCCUCACGUUUUGCUAACAAUAUUCGUAAAACAUAUAUGUCAACAUCACGGACAACGAGAAUGUUAAUUUGUAUAUUAUUUCUUUGCAUCGCAGUUGAAUUACCGCAUGGUAUACUUAAUUUAUGCACGGGUAUUUAUGGUGAAAAUUUUGGCAUACGUAUCUACGAUUAUCUUGGAUCAUUUAUGGAAAUGCUGACACUUUUAUACAGUUCUAUUAGUUUUAUUUUAUAUUGUACAAUGUCUCAUGAUUAUUUAAGUACUUUUAAAUCAUUAUUUUGCUCCUGUCUUAUUGAAAAUAGCACUUUAAGUGGUCGUAAGUGA